AUGUCGUCGUUUCCAGUUCUCGUGGACGCUCACCUGCUCCGAGUCAUUACGUCGUUCCAAGAUGGAGUCUUUGUGGAGCUGCUCCCUUUAUAUGCUGCGUGGAAGAGCCUUGCGCAGCGUCCUUCGUCGCUAUCGACAGUAGCCAUGCAGCCCACGGACCUCAGCUUAGCCACGGUCGCCGACUCACGAUAUGUCCUGCAUGCUGUCGUUGCUUGUCAUGACGUUUCUUACGUUGAUCGCGUCUUGCAAUGCUGUCGGCAGGAAAUGAUCACGCCAGAACUGAUCGACUGCGCUGCCCGUCACGGCCAUCUCGACCUCGUCCAGCAGUUUCAUUUCCGUGGGUUCCCGUGGACAUCAAGAGCGAUGGAUUUGGCGGCCACGUAUGGCCAUCUUCACGUGUUGGAGUUCUUGCACGCGCAUAGCGACGACGGAUGGACUGAAAAAGCCAUGAUUGGCGCGGCCGAGGCGGGGCAUUUGGCUGUCGUCCAGUUUUUGCAUACAACUCGGCCAGAAAUCCCCUCAUCAUUCCGAGCGAUGGACUACGCGGCUCGCAAUGGCCAUUACAACGUGGUGCGAUAUCUCCACUUCCAUCGACCGGAAGGCGGAAGUGCUGUCGCGAUGGACUUUGCUGCGUCUCAUGGCCAUUUGGAGAUUGUGCAGUUCCUCCAUACCCAUCGCCAAGAAGGCUGCAGCACGUAUGCAAUGGAUGGUGCCAUGCGAAACGGGCAUCACGAUGUCGUUCGGUUUCUUCACACACACCGUACGGAAGGAUGCUCAAGGAAGGCGCUCAUGUACGCGAUGCAACAUGAGCUUCACGACAUGAUUCCCAUCUUGCGCAGCUACCAUGGCACGAUGCGUGCAAUGUCGUCCGCGGCGGUUGCCCGAGCCCGCGCUAAAUUCUCACUUGGAAGGCCACUGGCACGGCGUCGGUACUUCCUCGCGUCCAUCGCCUUUGGUCAUGUGUUGAAGAAGACGACCAUGGUAACGACCCAGGAAGAGUCGACGCCGCUUCUGCCCACAGCCACCGAGAAGCGGAAGCUCCAAGACCGCAGGCAUCGCCAAUUCAUGUGCUUCGGCGGAAUCGCAACCCUCGCGGCAUGUGUGACGGGCGUCUGGUGGUGGACAAGCUUGACAAUUCCUGCCGUGUUCAUCGCGGAUGUCCCCCUUGCUCCAUGGACAAGCGACGUGAUGGAACCGCCGUUUAUCAAGGAAACAAAUCUCAUCCGACCAAAGUUAAUUGCAGAAGACUUGCUCAAGCGACCUGUCCCCACAAAUGCAUGGUGGACUAAUCUCCUCAUCAGUGACUCACACGGGCAAAACACAGGCGCGGGGCAAGUUACCCUCUCUCCGUAUACAAUUGCCAGUUGGCCGCAUGUCAUGCAGGUGUCCUAUGGCGACGACCGACGUGUAGAAGAGCCGAGCAAGAUCGAGGAAUAUUUCAGUGCCGACCUUACCUUCGGCACCGUCGUGCCAAGUGUGUCUCGUCAAAUUGUCGCUUUCGAUCCACUCACGGUUCAUCUUCAGUACCGAAAUGAAUCCAAUGGAACGACUUUCACCGUCCUCUUGGCGCGUGGCUCCCCGUAUAUUUCGAUCAACUACACACUUAGUGCCCCCGUGAUUACUACGACGUACUUCAACAUGCUUCGAUGCAACAACCAAACACUCUCGUCCAAGACCCCCACUACUCUAUUUGGUACCAUGUUCACACUCAUCACUCAAAUGGAGCGCCAGAAGACUCAAGAGUGGCUUCUUUUCUUCCCCAAAAAUGUCACCGUGAGCGUGAACUCGACUUCUUUUGCCGUUCAAGACGAAACGUUUUCAGGCAUCGUGCGCGCCGCUAUUGUACCUCGCAGCAAUCCUGAAGGCACCGCCGCGCUCUUGCGUCAACAUGCAUCAAUCGUUCCUGUCGCGUCUGCUGUGACCCUUUCUUCCAACGACACCACAGGCAUUAUGGAGUUUACUUGGAAAACUGCCGCCACGACUAACGAUUCAAUCGCGGGUGCAUCUUUACUGAUGCUGGCGCAUCCGCAUCACGUCGAUAGUCUCGUAUCUGGCCGCAAUCGUUCGUUGACGACUACUGUCAUGCACUCCUCGACUUCUGGUGGUCCAUUUGCAUCUUCCACGCCGAGCACCCUUCUCGGGCAGUUUGGCCAUCGUACGAUCAAGGGUAACAUGUCGCUUGUGGUGGGCAACUCAUGGCGACUUGCCGAUACAUUCCAAGAGGUGGGAUUCCAUUCCCAACGUCCAAUUGCCACGGAAGCGAUAAUGCCACUUUUGGUCGCGCUAAAGAAUGACUCGAACUAUACGCCGCAUGCGUUGGACCCGUAUUUCUUCGGCAAAGAGGUCGCACGUCAAGCUCGUUUGGUGCUCAUUGCCGACGAACUCAACCAAGGCACGACCAAGUUGCUCGACCAACUCGAAGACUUGCUCCUGCCGUGGUUUGUUGGCAAGAACAUCGACUACUUUGUGUACGACACGGUGUGGGGUGGCGUCUGCUCCGUCAAAGGUCUCCGCGGUGUGUUUUGGAUGACCGAUUUCGGCAACGGCUGGUACAAUGAUCACCAUUUCCAUUACGGGUACUUCAUCUACGCCGCAGCAGUCGUUGCUAAGUACCGCCCGGCCUUUGUCUUACGCCAUCGCGCCGUUCUCAUGUCAAUCGUUCGCGAUAUCGCCAACAACAGCCCUCACGAUCCGUACUUCCCGCUUGCUCGACACAUGUCAUGGUUCGAUGGACAUUCAUUCGCGAGUGGAGUGUAUGUUUUGGAUGGUGGCAAAUCGCAAGAAAGCGUGUCGGAGGCGAUCAACGCGUACUACGCCGUGUAUUUGCUCGGCCAGGCACUGGAAAUGCCAAUGGUUGAAAAGAUGGGACGACACUUGAUGACGUUGGAGAUGCGUGCGGCGACCACGUAUUGGCAAACUACGGAGGAGAUUUAUGGGUCCGUAUACGCUCAAAACCAAAUGACUGGCCAAAUUGGCAGCACCAAAGUCACGUACGCGACUUGGUUCGGACCUGAAGUCGAGCACAUGCACCUGAUCAACUUGAUGCCGUUCACGCCCGUGACAGAAUUGUUUGUGUCACCUGCAUUUGUCAACCGCGAGUAUCCGAUCUUGGAAAAAGCGUUAAAUCGCACAAAGACUCCCAUGGAUGAAAUCUGGAAAGGGUAUACGUACCUCGAUCAUGCGAUCAUCGACGCCAAAGCGGCUUGGGAUGAAGUCGCCUCGUUGGGAACGUUUGACGACGGCAAUUCCCGUGUGAAUUCGCUCUACUGGAUCGCCACCCGUCCGUUGGCCAACUCGACUCCCACGUAGGUUUCGAUUUUAGCAACGUUACGUAAAUAGGAAUGAAAAGUUAACCAUGUAUAAAUGGAUCGACAGUCCAGUACCUCCAUGA